CGCCUUCCCGCCGCAGGUAGCGACCCUCCGAGCUGAACCCCAUGGCCCGCGCCACGAACCCCGCCGCCGCCCGGCUCCUCCGCGCCGCGCUACUGCUCCUGGUCCUGGUGGCCGCCGGCCGGCACGCAGCAGGGGCGCCUGUGGUCACCGAACUGCGCUGCCAGUGCCUGCAGACCGUGCAGGGGAUUCACCUCAAGAACAUCCAGAGCGUGAAGGUGACGCCCCCGGGACCCCACUGCGGCCAAACGGAAGUCGUAGCCACUCUCAAGACUGGUCAGGAAGUUUGUCUCAACCCUGAAGCUCCCAUGGUUAAAAAAAUCAUCAACAAGAUGCUAAACAAGGACAGUGCCAACUGAUCUAGAGAGCUGGAGAGAGCUUACUGGCUCCUACUGCAGCCUUAGUGGAAUCAAAGUGAAAGAAGAGAAACAAAUAGCUCCUGGGGCCACCUGGACUGUGUCUAAUGUUUUUGCCUGUUUCUUAUGAGAGUUCUUCUAUUUAUUUACAUAUGUAUUUAUUUAUGUAUUUAUUUUUCAAAGCCUGUAUAUUACUGUUCUAUCUAAAAGGUAUGAAUGUGUUUGGCAGUUCUCUGUACUGUUAUUUUAAAAGGUCAUUUUUACAUUAAAUCAAAGUUAAUUCAG